ACUUGUCAAAUCAAAUGUCCAUUGAUGUUGGUUGGUGUUGGUGAAAAGGAUUCGUCGUUUACUGACAUUUGGUGAAUAAAAUCAAGUCCAUUUUGUGCGGAUGUUUUAAAAAUGUGUAAUUUACUUGUUAUAAAUAUAAAUGUUUAUUGUAUGUUUCGUGAUGUGUAACCAGAUUCCAACUAAUUAAUCACUACUUGCUAGUCCAUGAACAGUAAUGUGAAAUCAUGUUUGGGUAUAGUAAAGAAGCUGUUAGAGUGAAAGUCAAGAAAUGUGAAGGAAAACUCCAGCCAGAAUUAAGGAAGUUCUCAGUGGAUCCACAAAUAACUUCAUUAGAAGUGUUACAAAGCAUUUUAAUAAAGGCAUUUGAUAUCAAAUCUGACUUUACAUUAUCAUACAGAACUGUUGAUGACUAUGGGCUAGAAGUGUAUCUGCCCCUUCUCUCUGAUUGGGAUUUGGAUGCUGCAUUCCUCAAGGCUCAUAACAUAGCUCUUACACAAAGGUCAGAGCCAUGUGUUCAAUUAAAAGUGGAUAUGAAACCCUUUGCGGAAGCUUCAGAGGAUUGGGAGCCACCAGUAGUGACAUCCACUGCAAGUAUGGUGAACCAAAUGAGCAGAGAGCAACCUACUGUGGCUCCCCCACCAAAUCAGGCAGAGAAACAGGAAACGCAAACUGGUUUUCCGGGACUAAUCAUGAACCAGGUUGAGAAAACAUUUAACAUGGUAUCAAGAGCACUGAACUUGUACGAAGAUCCGAACACACCUCCACGACCACCGCUCAGCGACAUUGAAUUCAGGGCAUUCCUCGAUACAGUUGGUCAAAUCACUAACACCGCCAAGCUAAGAGAAGUCAUUUACUGCGGCGGUAUAGAUCCUAGUUUAAGAAAAGUAGUGUGGAAACAUAUUUUAAAUGUGUACCCAGAUGGCAUGACGGGUAAAGAGAGGAUGGACUACAUCAAAAGAAAAGCCAACGAGUAUUACGGGCUUAGAGCGCGUUGGAAAGACUGCAUACAAAGAGGAAAGGUAAACGCGGAUCUAGCAUAUGUUACAAGUAUGGUUCGUAAAGAUGUCUUACGUACCGAUCGCCAUCAUAAUUUCUACGCGGGUAGCGACGAUAAUCAAAACAUCGCUUCCCUCUUCAACAUAUUAACGACAUACGCAAUUAACCAUCCGACCGUCAGCUAUUGUCAAGGAAUGUCCGACCUGGCUUCGCCUUUAUUAGUAACAAUGGGUGAUGAAGCUCACGCCUAUAUCUGUCUUUGUGCUCUCAUGACCCGAUUGUAUCCUAACUUUCUAUUGGACGGUGAAGCAAUGACUCUCAAGUUUACGCAUUUAACAGAAUCAUUGCAAGUUUAUGACCCUGAUUUCUAUAACUAUUUGAAGUCGCAACAAGCAGAUGAUUUGCUAUUUUGCUACAGAUGGUUACUCUUGGAAAUGAAACGAGAGUUUGCGUUCGAUGAUGCACUCAGAAUGCUCGAAGUAUUAUGGGCAUCGCUGCCUCAAAAAACACCGUCAGUAGAAUUACCUUUAAAAGAAAAAGAAUUUGAUCCGAGCAUAGAUCUGGACGAGGAUCCGCCCCCUGUAAGUCCAUUAAUUAAAGCGCCACGAGAAAAUGCGUACACGAAAGUUUGUGCGAUUAGACGUCAGAGUUCUAGUUUUAGCUUAGCCAACACGAAAGCUCCAAAACUUGCGGUUUGUAAACAAAUGAAUCACAGUCUUGACGAGAAUGCGACACGCUGUAACGUCCCAAAUUCGUCUCUUAAACAUUCGAAAGAGUUCCAAAGUUUGGAUGACGCUGCAUUACAAAUUCAAAAUACACAGCUGUAUAACCAAGAUUGCGAAAAAAAUAAAGAAAAUAGUUUAUUAUUAAAAGAAUCAAAGAUUCAUGCGAGACGCAGUAUGAAAAGUGUACCAGAGCACGGAAAAAUUGAAACUCAAGACUCGGUCACAACAACAUGGUCUAGCACUGGUAAUCUUAUGAAUGGAUCAGCCCAUGCUGAACAAAAAGAAACUCCUUUGGGCAAUCAAAUUAGACUUCUUAGAGAUCGCAUAUCCAUUCAUAACAAUAAAUUCUUCUCAUCUUUAGAUAAACUUGAUGACUCCAUCGCCACAGAUUCAAAUAAACCAAAAGUAAAGAUGAUAAAAAAUUUAAAUGAAUUUCUAAAUUUUGCGACAGGGAGUAAAAAUACGGCUCAAAAUACAAGUGCUCCAGAAAUUUCUUCUGGAAAAGAAUGUCCAAAUAUCACACUUACGCAAAGCGAAGGAAAAUCACAUACGCUAGAAGAAAAGCGAUAUAAAUUAAAUAAAAAAAAUAGUACUGAUCAAAACGAAGGCAGUAGUCCGGACGAUUCCCAGGAAUACUACCCCAUGACGACGUCGAUGACAAGAGAGUUGAGGCUAGAAUUAGAACAUUUGGAUCGGCACGUAUUUGGAGCCUCGUACAUUAACAGGUGCAGCAUAAUGUGCGAUUCUCCGUCUGAGUCGACUAGUACCGAUGACAAGCCUACUAAUGAGUGCACGGAAAUAAAACAAGAGUCGGUAGCUGUCGAUGUAUUAGAAGCACGGACUGAAAUUAUGGAAUUAACCGACGUUAUGAAAAAAUCACCUUUACUCGAUACUUUAAAAUCAAAUGCAAGAAGUGCCGAGGAUAUUUACCUUUGGGAGAACCCAUUACAUAGAAACACGCCCACAACACGAACUACUACAAGCUGUCCUCAAACACCGGACGAGCAGGCAGAACUGGACUUCGAUGGCGACACGGGCGAAAUAUUUGAGGAACAUUCAGGGAAAAAAUCUGUAACACCAAUAAAAUUAUUGAGAAAAACCAAGUCAACGGAACCUCCAGAAAUACCUAAGGACACCAAAACGUCGAACCGUCACUCCAGUGAGUCAGAUUCUUCUGAAAAAGAUGAAAAUAUUGAACCGUUCCCUCUCACAACAGACAACAGAGUUAAUCUACAAGGUAUGACGAAUACUUCACGAUCGCAGAAAUUUUUCUCUAGUAUGUCGCAGGAAUUAGAAAAUGCCAGAAAGAAUUGUGAAUCGCUUUUGAAUGUAAAACAAACUAAUUUACACAGUGUUGCUUCAACCAUAAAUAGUUUUCAAAAGAAAUACGAAGUUUUCAAACCUCCAGUACAAAAAACAGUAAGCGUAUCUACAGUGGCACCUGAUAGUUCUACGAAGGGUAGUAUUAGUAGUCUCCCCCCACCCGUCGUAUUUGGGGGAGGAAACCCUUUCUUAAUGUUUCUUUGUUUAACUGUGCUGUUGCAACAUAGAGAUUACAUAAUGCGCAAUCGUAUGGAUUAUAACGAAUUAGCCAUGCAUUUUGACAAAAUGGUUCGUAAACACAAUGUUAACAGGGUACUUAAUCAAGCUAGGCAGAUGUACGCUAUGUACUUAAAGCAUCAAGCUCAUAAGACUGCCGACGUCUCUUCUUAACUCGAGGACUGAAAUAAUACCAUUUAAAGGAUCUCCAGUGACUUUAUUGCUCAUUGAUAGUAUGAAAUUUCGAUCAUAAUAAUUUGUUUCUAAUAUAUAGUUGUAGAUGUUAUGUUUAAAAAAAGAUAUUUUCCUAAUGCAAGACAGUUUCAAUCGUAGCUAUUUUUCUAGAUGACAGUACCAUAAUUAUUAAUCCAUACGAUCCGAUCUUUCCUAUUUAGUUAUAUUACUAUAUUUUAAACAAUAUAUUUGAUUUAUUUAUUUAAAUGUGAUUUAAUGAAUUCCAAAGAGCUUUUAUUUUUAUAAAUUGUGAUAUUUUCUAUUAGCUUUAUUUUAAUUAUAUAAUAAUUAUUAAAUACCUAUGUGUUCCAUUUACAACAGUAUUUAUAUACCCAAAAAAUAUUUUUCAUAUUAUAAAUUUCAUUAUUUAAAAUACAACACACUAAUUUUAUAUUGGAAUUAUGAUUUUGUUUCUAAUUAGCGGACAAACUGCUAGAUGAUUUAUACCGGGCUCCAGAUUUGAUUUAUUAUUUAGUUUAUGUAAACACAUGGCUUUACUCAACCUAUUUUGGUAACUAAGACAUAAUUAUUAAUUUCCGCACUCUAAAGUCCGAAGUCUCGGAUUCAAAUUCCGGAUGAUAGGUUCGCCCCUUAUCAUAUCAUGGACGAAAUACUCACGGUGAAAAGUGGGUGCUCUAGAAUUUCCACCUAGACAGGCAAAUACGCCUAGGACAUUGUUUUUAUAUUGGCUAUGACUUUUACUUUUAACAAAAAAAUGGAAAAUCACAAAAAAUUACAGAAAAACAUUUCGAUAAUCUAAAUCAUAUUAAUGAAAUGGCAGUUGUUGACAUAGAUAUUAACGAAAAAGAAUUUGGAAUAAGGUAAAAAUUUUGGAAAGUUUUUUUCACGUUAAGAAACAUUGUGCAACAUGCAAUUACGGUCAAGGGUUUUAAAAUGUUACUCUUAUUACGCCCUAUGUAAUAAAUGCUGAAUGUUGUUAUGGCAUAACGACUAGCUUGUAUAUCAAACGGUCUAACAAAAAUGUUACCCUUUUCUUUGUAUGAAUUAUGAAUGUAACAUCGUCAUUUUAUUGAAAACAAUAUGAAACAUUUGUUUUACUUACUAAAAUAUUUCUUGAAGUGAAUCUAACGUCUAGUAUAAUGAUUUCACAAAUAGGUGUUGUUUUUAAAAGUAAUUGGUCAAAAGUUUAUUGACUAUUAACAGAAAUAUUGUUAAAAAUGUCCUUCUCCACAUUUUUUUAUGAAGUUACAUUUCGCGCUAUUUUUCAGUUUUAUUGUUCAUAAUAAUUUUUUUUGGGUAUGCAAAAAAUAUUAUUUAAUUGUAUCAUAUUAUUAUAAUGUAAGUACCCUUAUGCACAAUUAUCUAUCUUUUCAUAUUCUAACUGUAUAAUAAUACGUAUCUAUAAAUUUAAAUAAAACUGAACACAGCAAAAUUUAAACGGAACCUAGUGUUAUCUUCUAUAUGCAUAAUAUGACGAAAUAUAACUUUACUACCUUACCUGCUUACUGCUGCCUACUCCAUAGUCCCCCAUAUAAUUAUACAGUAGGUAUAAAAUUACGUUUUGUAAGUUGUAACUCAAUGCUACUCGCAGUAUGUAUCUUUUUAAUAUGUAAAUAAAACUUAUUGAAAUUGGUAUA